CAGAAGUAUCCACAACUUAAUCAAGCAUGGCUCUCAACGCUGAUGACAAGGCACACAUCAAGGCCAUCUGGCCAAGUCUAGCUGCUCAUGCUGCAGACUAUGGUGCAGAAGCUCUUUACAGGAUGUUCCUUUGUGAGCCUCAGACCAAGACUUACUUUCCAAAUUUUGACUUCAGUCCAAAUUCUGCCCAGUUGAAAAAUCAUGGCAAGAAAGUAAUGAAUGCUCUCACUGAAGUUGUGAAACAUCUGGACCACCCUGAACAAUCACUGAGCCAUCUGUGUGACCUCCAUGCCUACAGCUUGAGAGUGGAUCCUGGCAACUUUAGCAUAUUGAACAAAAACAUCCUGGUUGUCAUUGCUGCCCACCACUCAGACAAAUUCGACAGUGCCACCCAUCAAGCCUUGGACAAGUUCCUGAACUGUGUUUCUGCCAUUCUGACAUCUAAAUACCGUUAAGGAAUUCAGUCACCACUGAUGGUAGAAUGACACCGUG